CCACAGGUGAUGGUGCGGCCGGCGGGGUGGCGGUGGCGGGGGACGGGCACCCACAGCACCCACCGGAAGGAGGAGGGGGCGGCGGUGGUGCAGGCGGUGUGUGCCCGGCUCCGGGGGCUGACGGAGGAGGACAGCGUCCUGUUGGAGGCCAUGGUGCCCACCGCCCGCCUGCCCGUGCCCCCCCCACGCAGCCCAGCCCCGCGGCUGCCCGUGGCCCUGCGCAUCUGCACCCUGCUCUGCAGGUCCUGGGGGGACCGGCCCCAGCUCUGUCAGGUGGCCUGCGCCGUGGGACGCGCGGAGAGCCCGGUGCGUCACGGGGCGGCGCUGCCCCAGGGCCUGGACUCCAGCCUGCAGCAGUGGGGGGUGGUGGCCUCCAGCCAGCGCCAGGCGCUGGCCACGCGGCUCCGGGAGGCCACCGAGGCCGCCAUGGUCGCCCUCCUGGCCGCCGAGGCCGAGCUGAGCCCGCAGCAGCGCGGCGGCUCCCGCGCCCGCACCGACAUCCUGGGUGUGGACUUCUUGCUGGCGUGCGUGGAUGACGCCCUGGAGCUGGUGGCCCUGGCCACCAACAGCCAGCGGUGCCUGGAGACCUGCGUGCUGGCCGAGGCCAUGGGGCGCGCCGUGGGGGAGCCCGCGGGGGACCUGCCCCGGCUGCUGGCCGAGGCCAUGCUGCACCGGGCGCAGUGUCACCUGGUGGAGGGCAAGGACAUCCUGCUCAUCGGGGCCGGCGGCGUCAGCAAGAGCUUCGUGUGGGAGGCGGCUCGAGAGUACGGGCUGAGGAUCCACCUGGUGGAGUCGGACCCGGAGCACUUCGCGGCGGGGCUGGUCCAGACCUUCCUGCCCUACGACAGCCGGGAGCACCGGCGGGACGAGGAGCACGCGGAGCGGGUGCUGGAGUUGGUGCGCUCCCGGGGGCUGCGGCCCCACGCCUGCCUCUCCUACUGGGACGACUGCGUGGUGCUGGCGGCGCUGGUGUGCCAGGGCCUGGGGCUGCGCGGCUGCUCGCCCGCCGCCGUCCGCGUGGCCAAGCAGAAGAGCCGGACCCACCAGCACCUGCAGCGCUGCCGCCGCGGCCGCCCGCCGCCCGCCGCCUUCGCCGUGCCCUGCCGCCGGCUGCAGAGCCACGGCGACGUGGAGCGGGCGGCGGGCGCCGUGCCCUUCCCGGCCGUGGCCAAGCUGGAGUUCGGGGCCGGAGGCGUCGGGGUGCGGCUGGUGGAGGACGCCGGGCAGUGCCACGCGCACGCGGCGAGGCUGUGGCGGGACCUGCGGGACGACGCCGACCACCCGGGCAUCGGGCUGGGCUGGGGCAACGCCAUGCUGCUCAUGGAGUACGUGCCGGGCACCGAGCACGACGUGGACCUGGUGGUCUUCGACGGGCGGCUCGUGGGCGCCUGGGUGUCGGACAACGGCCCCACGCGCGUCCCUGCCUUCCUGGAGACGGCGGCCUGCCUGCCCUCCUGCCUGCCCGCCGACCGGCAGGCGCAGCUCGUGCGGGCGGCCCUGCAGUGCUGCCGGGCGUGCGGGCUGCGCGACGGCGUCUUCAACGUGGAGCUCAAGCUGGGGCCGGGGGGCCCGCGGCUGCUCGAGAUCAACCCCCGCAUGGGGGGCUUCUACCUGCGCGACUGGAUCCGGGAGGUCUACGGCCCCGACCUGCUGCUGGCGGCGGUGCUGGUGGCGCUGGGGGUGCCGCCGGUGCUGCCCGCCCGCCCCGCGCCCCGCGCCCACCUGGCCGGGGUGAUGUGCCUGGGCUCGGAGCACGGCGCGGCGCUGGCGGGCGGCGGCGGGAUGGAGGCGCUGCGGGAGCUGCAGGGCCGGGGGCUCGUCCGCCUCAACCGGCUCUUCGAGGAGGUGGCGGGGGACGGCGAGUACGAGGAGCCGCUGCUGAGCGUGGCGUGCGACGGGGCCACGCGGGCCGAGGCUUGCGUGCGCCUGCUGGGGCUGUGCCAGGCGCUGGGCAUCGACUCCCCGAGAUACCCCGUGGAGCAUUUCUUGUCCCACUUCAAAUAGCGCCGGGCAGGCAGC